AGUAAGAAGAUGACACGCACCAAGUUCUCUAUAAAAAUGGAGAAUGCGUCCCUUGUUCUCUGGUACUACAAGAUUUGAAAAUAUUGUUAACUACCCUAAUCCGAAGAAGAAUUGUAGAAUGAGCAUCAACAGCUUGGAAGAUCAGAGGUUGAAAGGGUUACAGGAUCUGACCGCGGUAGGAGAUGUCGAUAAAUUAUUUUCAGAACUCACGAAGGAUCUAUAUGUUUUGGAGGAUAUUGAAAAGAUACCAUUAGUGACUACUCCCUUACACACAGCUGUAAGCCAAGGAAAGAUCCGUUUCGCUAAGGAAAUAGUAAACUUAAAGCCAUCAUUUGCUUGGAAGCGAGACGAACGAGGGCUUAGCCCCCUCCAUUUGGCUUUGGAAGGGAAGCACCUGCAGAAAUGGCAGGAUCCUCGUGAUCCAGAUUUGGAGUGGAAGUACCAGGAACUUAUAACUUGGUUGAUUAAACAUGACAGUGGGCUUGUCGGUGUUAAAGCAAUGGGGUUGGUUACUCCUUUGCACUAUGCAGCUCAAGUGGACGACGAAUCCAGCUUAGCUGCGUUUUUGCAUGAUUUUCCAUCAUCAAUCGAAGAUUUGACUGUAAAAUCUGAAACUGCUGUCCAUGUCGCCAUAAAAAACGGGAGCUUCAAAGCCUUUAACGUCUUGUUAGGAUGGCUUCGACGCGUCUACAAACUGGAGAUCCUGAACAGGGAGGACGAAGAAGGAAACAAUGCAUUGCAUACUGCAGUAUCUGCAAGUAAACCUGAGAUGGUGAAGCUGUUGCUUCCAUAUAUGGGAGUGAAUGAAAGGAACAGUAAAGGCUUGACAGCUUUGGACAUGUUCAACUAUCGCCAACGUCAAGGUUUGGUAGAUGCAGCAGUUGGGAACAUUCUACAUGCUACUGAAGCUAAAACUGCAUCUCAACUCCAUCGUCCUUCACAAAAAAGUUCACUAGUCGAGAAGUUGUCCGGUGGCUCAUCGUAUUUAGAAAAAAUUCGGCUAAUCUCUGGUCUGGAUUACCGAUACGUUGAUGAAAUUUCUCUUGAAACCCGAAACAUACUACUUGUGGUAGCUGUAUUGGUAGCCACAGCCACCUAUCAAGCUGCAUUAAGCCUCCCUGGAGGAUUUUGGCAAGAUGACAGCAAUCUGCAGCCAGCAGCCAACAACGCUAGUAUCAGUAACACCACCACCACCACCGUCUUUAGUACAGAGCCUUCUGAACACCAAGCAGGGAAAAUGAUUCUGAGGUCUCCAGGCCAACUAACAUUUUUGACAGCUAAUUCUCUAGCUUUUUUUACGUCUUUGUGCAUGAUUUCGGCUCUCGUAGUUGGGCUUCCAUUUGAAAAUUUCAGUUUGGCAAUGAUAGGUUGGAUGGCAGCUUCGUAUUAUUCUUCUAUGCGUGAAAGUGUGGACUUCACCAAAUGGCCCUUUGCAGAGUUUUUGCUUUCCACUUGUCUGGUUGUAGGUGUUUUGGCAGCAUGUGUUUUUAACCGUUUGGUACGCAAACCUUAAAAAGAUACUACUACGUAAGGUGUAAAAUUAGGAACCUACGAAGAAAAGUGAAUUUAUUGGUAGCUGCCGCUUGUUUAUGUUUUGUUGUUAGAGUCGGCAAUAUUGUUUGCAAUGUUAUUUUUGCACGUGCUUUUAAUAUAUUUAAUGAAGUUGUUUCUUUCACCAUUA